UAUUUAGUUAAACAUCCUAUAAACAUGGCGAUUGUUUGGUGUGUCUUAUUUGUGUCCUUCGUUUUAUUGAAAUCAUCAGAAGCCCAGACUUUGUCGUUGUCAGUGACGCCGCUGUCUCCCGUGGUUGGACAGGAAGUGACGUUUACGUGUACAGCCAGUCAGGACAUCACUCCCGGCACAACAGUGUUUUACAGGAGGAACAGAUUACUAGUAGUAGAUUUUACUGUUACCAGUACUUCAUGUACCUCAGUAAAAGGAGGAGGAGGACAGAACUACACCACCACCUGUGGUUCCUUACCUGUACGACAGACGUCACUCACCAUUCCAGCAGACUACGUCACAGAGGACGAGCACGGGACAGACUGGAGAUGUGAAAUAUUCCUCGGUGCAGUUAGUUAUACUGUACAACUUACUCUCAGUGUGCCAGUAUCUAUGGUAACUAUAACAACAGACGGAGUGUACCGACCAAGUGUGACGAUAUCAGCCGGAAAUACCCGAACUUUUACAUGUACCACAACCGCUAGUCGGCCUGUAGCCAGGUUAUCAUGGUUCAGGGGAGAUAACAACAUCACAGAUCAGGCCGCUACGGCCACUGACCAGGACAUGGGCGACGAUAAGUACACGAGACAACAGAGUCUGACCAUCACAGGGAGGGUCAAUGAUGUGGACAGUGGACUGAAGUGUGAGGCCGUGAACAUCGAGGGAAGAACGUCUGUCAGUUCUCAAACCGCUAACGUUAUUGUACAGUGGGAACCACAGACUGACCCAAUCCUGACCAGAGACCCGCCCACUACGACUCUGACAGAGGGCGUGUCAGUAACACUGACGUGUCAACAGACUGGAGGCAAACCUCUGGCCACACUUACCUGGUCUGGUGUGUGUAGUGGGACGACCCCAACAGAGAGUAGUGACACAACAACGAUCACUUCCCGUGUCCUGGUGUCUGUGAACAGGACGUAUAAUGGACUGACGUGUACCUGUGUGUCCAGACAUCCGGCCAACAGUUACCUAAGGUCACUCAAUGAGACGUUCGUGGUAUUGUUUGGUCCAGAUGAGGUACACUUUUCUGGGAUUAGUGGACAACUUACAGAAACUACUUCCAUGAAUUUGGUGUGUUUGUCAAACGAGUCUAAUCCUGUCCCAACCUACACCUGGAUGAAUGGAUCUAGGGAUCUCCCCGUGACGUCAUCAGUAUUGGAGUUCGAUGGUGUAUACAACGGAAAGAGGACGUCCCAGACAUGGUCCACACAUCUGUCCCGAUACGAUGACGGUGUUGUCAUUACCUGUGUCGUAACGUCACCAGACAGAAGUCGUCAUGUCAGUGCCACAACUACCCUUACUGUGUUGUACCAACCUUACAUCACCGUGGCAAGUUCCCCCUCAUCACCUGUCAUAGAGGGUCGACAACUCACAAUUACAUGUGACGUAGACAGUUACCCCGACAGCAGUGAGUUCUGGUCCAGCCCCAGAAGUCAGCCGUCACCAGGGACAACACAGACCAACGGUGUCCUUGUGAUACCAUCUGUCAGUAGACACGACGAUGGCACAUACCGCUGUACAGCUACGAACUCACAGAAAACCAACAUGUUAGAUAUUGACAUCACUGUUCACUAUCCUCCUGACCAGAUGACCAUCACAUACAAUAACAUUACCUAUGAUGACGACUCUGCCACUAGACAUUUGAGAUGUUCACCUGAUGGGAAUCCUCGAUCUUUCACAUUUUUGAAAUGGCAGCAUAUAUCUGUGUAUGGUCAGUUGAUUCGUGAACUUGAUGGAGUGACCAUUGGUCGUGAGUCUGUGCUGACAAUUCCUGACCCUGGUCUAGACACCAGAUACCAGGAUACUGGUUACUAUGUAUGUAGUGUGGAAAACGGAGUACUUGGCAUGAACGGCCAGUUGGUGUUUAGUCGGACAGAGUUCUUCAAUGUAAAAGCUCCACCAGUGUAUGGUAUCAAAACUUCAGUGUUUCCAGGACAAAAGGAAACGUCUAUAAACAUACUGAUCCCCUUCUACAGUACUAGUGGUCUCAGUAAGGUGGAACUUUCCAGGAAUCGGUCAGUAGUCAGUAACCGGUUUGUGCUGAACACCGUCCCAACCAAUGUCUCUCUGACAGUCCAUGGUACAAACAUAACAGUUGGUGGAUUCACUACAGAGAUCAGCGUCCAGACUCUACAACAGGAAGACUUUGGUAACUACACACUCCAAGUGACCAACGAAGUGGGAGUUCAACAGUUUGAAUUUUACCUUAAAGCAGCAGGCCCACCUGAUGCACCUACAGAUCUGCAAGUAACAGAACGAGCUGUAAAUAGUAUCAGGAUGGAGUGGACUGCCGGAUUUGAUGGUGGUUUUCCACAGCAGUUCAUUGUAGAAUAUGCUACAGGAGUUUCAGACUGGAUAAAGUUGGCCCCCAUACCGCACAGUAAAACCAUGGAAUCUGCCAAGAUAGAAAACCUGAACGAAAACAAGUUUUACAGAAUCCGUUUGUCUGCCGUCAACAGCUUUGGUUCGAGUAGUGUCAUAUUUACAAACACGUCUACUAUUUCGAUAACCAUUGAACAAGCUGCAGAUAUUGGUGCAAUUUUAGGAGGAACUUUUGGAGGAUUUUCUGCCAUUGUUAUCAUGACAGUUGUCUUUGUAGCGGUACGCAGACGAAUGGUGGUCAGCAAAAAAGCAAGUGUUGUUGAAAUGCAGACGAGAAGAGAUGAAAAUCAAUAUGAUCAAAUAAACCGAAAUGAACGAGAACCACCCUCAACGUAUGAACAGAUCAACAACGCUUUGACGGCUGAGCACUACGAAGAUACAUCACCCGUUGAUAGUGCGGAACAGCAACGUGUAUACGAGGUGCUACGAGAACGAUCUGACCAAAACGUUUAUGAUGACCUCAGUAAAGCGCAGACAGGUACAUCCAUUCAAAGUAAUCCAGCAAAAGACUCAAGUUACGAAAAUAUCCAUCCUCAGCACAAACCGAAAUACUACGAGAACAUCGACGUAACACUGACAGGGACAAAAGAUGUGCAUCUAUACACGAAUACGUUCAUAGGAAAAACUGUUUCAGGAACGUCGUGAUUGAGAACGUUUCAGCGAUACAAUCUUUACACGCGCAAUAUUAGUAUAAAUCACUGUAAUCAAAUUACAUAAGAGCAGCUUGUCACUGAUACCAUGCAGUUCAGUCAGAAUUUUAGCUCUGUUUUGUGACUUCCUGAUUUUCCUCAUUCCGACAUUCAUGAACCAUAUUUACGCCGUUUUGCAAUAACGUUUGAUCGAAUCAGGAUAGGUAUGCCUAUCAAUAACAGUUUUUCUAAUUGUUUAACUUAAAAUUAAACUCCAGUGAAUUUUCACCACAAAGUUGAAUUACAAAACCAGCCUGCAAAAUAGAUUUGUCUACGCAUCUUUUUUCAUUCAUUUUAGUGACAUUAAUUUAAGGAUGGUAUUUCAGAAAAUAUCUUCAAAGUAAAAAUAUAUCAUAAAAAGAAUCAGUCUCAUUUUAUGUGUGUGUAUAGGCCCCUCUGCAGAGACUGCCAUUUUACUUUUUAUGGUGUAUUAUUGUCUUAAUUGCUAUACUAUUUUAACUUAUUAUUUUAACUUAUCAUUCAUAUUUCAUAUUUUCAUUCAUUACACUAGCCUUGCUUUUUAUCAAGGUAUCCCGAAUUCGAUAUUUGACUUCUGUUUACUACCUCGACGAGUGGGAGUAAUCUCGUCCGCAAUUUCGACCUACAGAGAUAUCCCGUUUCUCUCUCAGAUGUUUUUACGUCGUUCUUGCAAGAAGAGCAAACACUUACGGUUACAUAUUUAUUCAUUACUUUUAUUGAUAUUUGUUGUCUAUUAGUUCAACCGAAUACUCGUUUUCAAGAUGAAUUCGUUACUGUAAUUAGUUUGUGGCUACAAGCUUGCUGAAGAGAUAUUUAUUAACAUCAGCCUAUAACAUAAGUGAUAAAUAAUGAUUUUCUGUUAAGUAUUUUAAAGUGCAAUAUGUAAUAGCUCAUGUUUCUGUCUUGAGGAUUGCCCAAGAAAUUUCUUAACUUCUCACCAAACAAGAUCCAAUCGUAUUUUGAAAGUUAACCUGUUAAUUUAAUUACGCGAGUUUGAGAUAUUGUGUGUGAGUAAAUGUGAAAAAUGGUAUUGUUGUGUUGUUGGUUUGGAUCUUACAUGUGUGUUUGUAAAAUGGAGAAUGUUCUUUUUUUGUUCCAGCAAGUCAAAUAUCGCGAUACAUGUAAUGUAAGUAUUAGAGAAUUGGUUAUAGAAAUGGACGUGUCGUGUAUUUGAUAACUUGUCUCAGUAUAGAUUAAGUGUUUACAACAUAAGGAUACGAACAUACCCUGCCUAUAUAUCAAUUUUUCUGGAUACCCGUAUUUUAUUACUUUGUUUCUAGCUAUGUGUUUGAUACGGCAUACAUUGUACAAAAAUAUUAUAUCAUUACGAUUUGCAUUUUUGUUUUCAUUAUUCAUAGAAGUAAUACAAAUUACUUUUAUGCAAUUGUACACAUGUCGGGAAAGGCCUAGGCAGCGGCCUGCUUUUAUUGUAUGUUUGUACAAGAACAAUUCAAAAGAGAAAGUAUUGAUGUCAUGCCUAUUGUACUGUAUAACUUUAACACGUUUAAUAAACAGUACGCAGCAUUAAGGCGUGUAUUAA